UUGACCUGGAUCGGCAACGACAGUUUGAGGGAGACGGGAGCUGGGGGAGACAGGGCGAGAAUGCCACGAGGCAGAUCGAGACGCAAGGGUGCUGCGGGGACCGAGGGGGUGUUGAGCCCGUCGGAUUGCUUUGUAGCGAGGGUAAUCCUCCUCGAUCGAUCGGGGUGUCCGAUUGGGGCACGGCUGCUGCUCGCAACGAUAGAGGAUAGUCUCAGGGCCGUCUGGGAUGUAGACGUCGAUGAGGUCCUGAGAGUCGAAUGCGUGGAUCUGGCCUUGACAGGCAGCCACGAUGGAUGGGGAGAGGACGGGGAGGAACCUAGUCCACGCGUCCGUGAGGACAAAUACCGCCCACUGAAGUGCAGGGGUGCGCACCACCCGACCUAUGGGAAAGGAAAGUGUGAGUGUGUGGGUUCCGAGAGAGAACGCCGGUUGCUUGGGGAGUUUCGACCUAAUGUCGUGACUUGA